CAGCUCCUUGAGGAUGUCAUGUCUCUGCUUGAUGCUCUGGGUGUCUGGGACACAGACGCUAUGGUUGCCUGGACAGAGAUGGUCCACCGAGUGUUCUCAGUGCUGCUAGCAUUUUCGAAGCAACCAGAUCAGGAGGUAUACAAAUAUUGUCUCAUUUCAUUGAUAGCAUGACUAGGAGUUGAUGAUUGGUAUUUGGUGUUGAUAAUUGAUAUAUGGGGUAGAUAUUAGGUAUUUGGGGUUGAUGCUGGGUAUUUUGGAUUGAUACUUGAUAUUAGGGUUGACUGGUUGGCUGUGUGGUCGGUACCGAUUAAGAGCAAAUGAAAACAAAAAUCCAAACACCUUGUGUGAAUAGUUCUCAGAGACACAUGUUGCGGCACUUCACCAUCGUCAUCUCAAUGAGAGGGACAGAUGACUAUCAAGUUGUAGAGAAAAAAAAAGUAAUGUCAAAUCUUUGGAUGAUUGAAUCAUCUAUAUAAGCAUCAUUGAGUAAAAUCUUAUUAAGUUUCAAUUCAUGCUUCAGUUUAUUCUCCGCUGUUCAUUUUGACCUUUAUUUCACAGCUGGUAUCCUCGUCAACUGUCAGGCUGCACUCCCUCGUCCAAACCAAGCUCAUCAGCAGCUCGGCCGAAGCUUCCUACAUCCUGGGGGGGUCUUGAACUCAAUGAUCAUUAAGUCCAUUGAAGGUACUUAUAAGUUACUUCACUUGCGUAACAAAUUUAGGUACAUCACUAUUCAGCUUUGUUUCUAUUACCCCCAAAACGCAACUUUUUUCAUUUACCCCACAAUAUUAGAUAUCCUACUAUUCAAAAUAAUAUCCGGAACAAAACUAUUCAAAUUUCAAAACAAUAUCAGAUACCCGACUGUUAAACAUCUAUUAACAAAAAUUCAUCUCAAUGUUACAGAGAACUGAAUAAGCACUAUUUAAUGCAUUGAUUUCUCUUGCCAACUCAGACUCAGACAACUAUGCCUACCUGAUGCCUGUGUUGAGAGCUUUGAUUGAAAAAGGUCAAGAACUCUUGACCACCAGCAUUGAUCUCCCUCAUCUUCCCAAGUCAUCCAUGAGUCCCACAUUUUUUGAUGACUUCAAGACAUACGUGUACAGUGAUGAAUGGCAGAUGUUUAUAAUGAGCUAUGUGAGUAUGUGUACAUGGCAGACAUUCAUCAAGUGUGUGUCCAGUGAUGAGUAGACAUACAUGGAAUAUGUGUGCAUUGGCAGACAUUCAUAGAAUGUGUGUACAGUGAUGAAUGGUAGACAUUCAUAGAAAGUAUGUGUGCAGUGAUGAAUGGCAGACAUUUGUAGAAUAUUUUUUUACAGUGAUGAAUAGCGUCAUAUAAUUGUUGCCGUGGUUCUUGUAGGUUGGACCCCAAAUGACCCACUUCAUUGAGAUGAACUUU